UAUUGAAAGGUAAAUUAGUACUAUAAAUAAAUCGUCUUGGAUUAUACACUUGGACGUUCGCACGCCAUUGUUACCUCAAAGCUUUCGUCGGGUACAGAUUCAGACCAUUAUCCGUCGCAUAUCGGUCGACGUAUUUUAUUAUUUUCUUAUACCACAGCAACCCGGACAACAACAUCAAACAUGUCGUGGAUGGACCCAGCCCCUGAACCCAUCGAUCUCUCGGAAGGCAUAACGUUGAGUAAAGAUCAAUUGAAAGUUUUAAGAAAAGCUUUCGACACUUUCGACACUGAGAAGAAUGGCAAAAUUACGUGCGCCAACAUUAACAUAAUUUUAGAUAUGUUGGGUCAUGCUACCGACGCCGGAACUGUCAAGAAAAUCGUAACCGAAAUCGACCACCAAGGAACCGGUACAUUAUCCUUUGAUGACUUUUGUACGUUGGCGUCGAGAUUUAUGACCGAGGAGGAAGAGGACUCCGAAGCAAUCAAAACUGAACUCAGAGAAGCUUUUCGGCUAUACGACAAAGAAGGAAACGGCUACAUCACCACUGAAGUGUUGAGAGAAAUAUUGUCUGAACUCGACAACAACAUGUCCGACGAAGAACUGGAUCAGAUGAUCGAUGAAAUCGACGCGGACGGAUCCGGUACUGUAGACUUUGACGAAUUCAUGGAGGUGAUGACUGGUUAAUGCGAAAAUGUUAUAAGAGUUAUCAACAUUAUAAAAUCAAACAAACGCAGCACUUUUUGAAAAAAGUAACAUUUAAUAAUGUUUCCUUAAUUUUUUGUUUUUUUUUUUUUACGUUAAGUAAAGUUUGUAUGGACGUAACGCAGUGUUUACACUUUGCACAAUAUACGAGAGCUCCGGCUGAUUUAAUGCAUUA